UCGGCCCCCAUCAACUUCCCCUUCUCUCCUCCAGGCUCCGGACUGGAACCCUGACCAUGGGACCUUGAAGUGGCUCUCACCUCCUCAGCUCAGUGGCAGACCCCACUCCCCCAGGCCCUUCCUGCCCCUCCCACAACCAGCUUGGAGGCUCCCGGAGGGAGGGGUGGGGAGGGGAUCCUGAUCUCACCGGGCAGGGGGCCUCCAUCAUGAUGCUCAACUCAGACGCGGUGGACCUCGACCUGCCUCCCACCCACUCGGAGACCGAGUCGAGCUUCAGCGACUGUGGGGGCGGGGCGGGCCCCGACGGGGCGGGGCCUGGGGGUCCCGGAGGGGGCCAGGCCCGGGGCCUGGAGCCCGGAGAGCCCGGCCGGAAAGACCUCCAGCACCUGAGCCGGGAGGAGCGGCGGCGGCGGCGCCGGGCCACGGCCAAGUACCGCACGGCCCACGCCACGCGGGAGCGAAUCCGCGUGGAAGCCUUCAACCUGGCCUUCGCCGAGCUGCGCAAGCUGCUGCCCACGCUGCCCCCCGACAAGAAGCUGUCCAAGAUCGAGAUCCUGCGUCUGGCCAUCUGCUACAUCUCCUACCUGAACCACGUGCUGGACGUCUGACGGGGCUGCCUCGGCCUGGCUGGGGUCCCCCCGCCUCU